AUGCGGGGCCAGGGCCGUAAGGAGAGUUUGUCCGAUUCCCGAGACCUGGACGGAUCCUAUGACCAGCUCACGGACAGCGUGGAGGAUGAGUUUGAACUGUCCACUGUGUGUCACCGGCCCGAGGGUCUGGAGCAGCUGCAGGAGCAAACCAAGUUCACCCGCAAGGAGUUGCAGGUCCUGUAUCGGGGCUUCAAAAACGAAUGUCCCAGCGGAAUUGUCAAUGAGGAGAACUUCAAGCAGAUUUACUCUCAGUUUUUUCCUCAAGGAGACUCCAGCACAUAUGCCACUUUUCUCUUCAAUGCCUUUGACACCAACCAUGAUGGCUCGGUCAGUUUUGAGGACUUUGUGGCUGGUUUGUCGGUGAUUCUUCGGGGAACCACAGAUGAUAGGCUGAACUGGGCCUUCAACCUGUAUGACCUCAACAAGGAUGGCUGUAUCACUAAGGAGGAAAUGCUUGAUAUCAUGAAGUCCAUCUAUGACAUGAUGGGCAAGUAUACGUAUCCUGCACUCCGGGAGGAGGCCCCAAGGGAACACGUGGAGAGCUUCUUCCAGAAGAUGGACAGGAACAAGGAUGGCGUGGUGACUAUUGAGGAAUUCAUUGAGUCUUGUCAAAAGGUACGGGGCCCUGCCCUCUACAUUUCCCUGGUCUGGACUCAGGGCCUGAUUCAAUGCUGUAGGAGAAGGCUCCUUUGCGCCUAGUAUCAUCUCCCUAACUGACCCCCACCUCUGAAUCCUUAUCCUUCAUAACUUGGGGAGGCCUGUCCCUUCCCCACCUCUCUGGGUGUCUCCUUCCUUGCUGCCUCUCUCUGUCUCUGAAUGUCCCCAUUUCUGAGUCAGUCCUUCUCCCUGUCUCUAAUAAGCUUUUUUUCUUUCUUUCUCUCCAAUCUGCCUCUCUCCCGCCAUGGCUACAGGACGAGAACAUCAUGAGGUCCAUGCAGCUCUUUGACAAUGUCAUCUAGCUCCCCAGGAAAGGGGGUCAGUUGUCCUGGGGGGACCAUGCUCUAGCCCUAGUCCAGGUGGACCUCACCCUUUUCUUCCCAGGUCUGUCCUCAUCCUAGCUCUACCCUGGGGGCUAUAGGAAUCCAAGAGCCUGAGGAUUCAGUGGUCCAGACUGCUGGAGCUGAGGGGGCUAGGGAGUGGGCAGAAUGUAUCUGUGGGGUAUUCGCAACUCCCAACAGCUCCCCCUUCCUGCCUGAAACUCAGUGCGGAGGGUGCCCCUGCCAUAGGAAUUGAGUAGUCCUCCCCCUCCCACCCCCACUUAAGAAACCACAACACUAGACAAAAAUGUCUCCUGCUAUGGUGCUUCCCCCAUCCCUGAUCUCAUAAACAUUUCCCCUAAGACUCCCUUAUCAGAAAGGCUGUUCUGUCCUUGGCACUGACUGGCCUUUCAGACCAGGGCCUUUGAGAGCCCUGUAGGAGGGGGACAAGAAUGUAGAGGGAGUAAUCUUGGGCCUGAGCCAGUGGUUAGGUCCUAGGAGGUAGCUGGGGUAGAGAGCAGAAAGGCCUGGGGAUUGUCAGUGAGAGCAUACCAGGCUAUAACUUUGAGCUCUACAGGUCUGCCACCCCAAGCCACCAGAAUGUGAGUUUCCAGGCUCUUCAGAAGACCUUGUUUCCUUGGAAAUACCCCAGAAAAUUUCCAUACACUGCUCAGCAUCCCAGAAGAGUCUGGGAUCUUGGUGUUUGGCUCAUCUCUAGACUUCCUUCCUCUCCUUCCUUCCUGUUUGCAUAAUGGUGGUGGCAGCAGGGGGAUGAUGUGUGGGAGCUGUCUUGGCUGAUACCUGCCAGAGUUUCAGCCUACCCUCUCUGAUGGCUACAACUUAAGUUUCAUUUGCCAUUUCCUCUAGACUUGGAGGCACGGAGUAAGUCAGGGACCACACAGUGGAUGCCUUAGAAGAAAAAGGAAGGAAGGAGGCAGGCAUAGCAUUUGAACCCAGUGUCGGGGCAUUUAUUAGAAUCUUUGAUAUACCCAGGCUCUAUUCCUGCCCCCCCACAUAGCCUCCUUUUUGCCCACCCAGAGUCUCCUCUUGCUCUAUUCAAUCUACCCAGAGAUGCCCCUGAGCACGCCUUGAAGGCAGGGACCAUAGGACCCAGGUCCCACCUCACUGUCAGCACCCCUGCCAUGCUGCCACCCCUUAAUAUAUCUGCUUGUCCCAUUUAGCUCACUCUCCCAGUCAGCUGUGAUCUGAGGGGGAAGGCCCCCAAGGAGCCCCCUUUCCCAUCAGAACACUGUUGACUGCUUUGCAUUUUUCGUUCCUCUGUAAUUUUUGUAAAAUAAGAAAUACACCAGAUCCAAUAAAACACAAUGGCUAUGCA